AUGAAAGGUCUUCUAACAGCCUCAUCGGCUGCCCUCUCUCUAGCUGGUGGUGCUGUUUCCAGCCCAGUCACCCCUCGGUCAGACCUCCUCUUCUUCAAGCCCCUGACGGUUACAUCGAACUCGGUACACAACGUCCAUGUCAGCUACGGAGAAGAUGACUUUGAGGGCGAGGUCCGCCUGGUAUAUGGCGAUUGCGACAUGAAGAGCCAUGCGGAUGGCCAUCACGAUGUGGCAUCGCACUACAUCAAGCGAUCAGGCCGUCCCGAGCGAUUUGUCUGGAUCGUACCGGACGACGCUGUUCACGGCGGAUGUCUACAUGCUUACUCGGGGUCCGCAUUGAUCGGUCGCUCAGCGCCUAUCAGAAUCCACCAUCCACCAAAGAAGCGGGAAGAGAUCUCAGACGUAGCCGAUGCGAUGGGUCCUUGGUUCGACGGUGUUGCAUACAUGCAGGCAAAGCAGAACAACGCCUCAUACGUCGCAGUUGAGAAGAGCAAGAAGAUCGCCAUCAUCGGAGGAGGCAUGUCUGGCUUGAUGACAAGUCUUCUCCUCGAUUCGGUAGGCAUCCACGAUUGGCACAUCACCGAAUCGUCACAGCGUAUCGGUGGACGUAUUCGAACAAAAUACCUUGCCGGCAGCACACCUGAGCAAUAUCAGUAUCAGGAGAUGGGCCCUAUGCGAUUUCCUGUCUCAACCACUUACCCAGAUACGAACGAGACGUUAGAGAUUCAAGAUCACAAGAUGGUUUUCCAGCUCGGUGAUGUCCUCAACCAAAUGAACGGAGGCAACACUAGUAGUCUUGCUGUCAACUUCAUUCCCUGGAUCCAAUCAAGCCCAAAUGUGCCCGGCAACUCGAACGGUUUCCGUCUGCCGAACGGACGCAUUCCUAGCGCAACUCAGAUCAAGAACAACGCGACAGCCUACACGCUACCUGCGGCUGAAGGUCCGGACGAAGAGACUGUGGAGCACGUUGAAGAAGCGCUUGAUGACUUCAUUGGGUACGAUCGGGAGGCCGCACGCAAAAUCUCCACCAACGUCUACAAAGCUCACAAAGACGCUGUAGAGAAAGGCUUGUUCCAUUGGUCUGAGGCAGCGUACAUGAAGUAUGCGCUCAACGCAAGCGACGAUGUCGUCGACUACGUUACUGGCCUCGAAAACGCACCAAUUUGGGAAUACGACACGGCAUACUUCAGUGCCACGACUUGGCGAACGAUCGAUAAGGGUCUUGAGUCGCUUCCCCGCGCCUUCUACCCUCAUGUUCAGGACCGUCUGACGCUGGGCCGCAAGGUGACUGGCCUCAAGCACGACGAGAGCACCGGCAAGAUUGCGGUGCAAUGGCGCCAGGAUCCUCUUGCAAUGGAGCCGGAGAGCGAGGAGUACGACUAUGCGGUCGUCGCGGUACCAUUCUCGAAAGUUAGACUCUGGGAUCUUCCUGAGUAUUCUUCACUCUUGUCGCGUGCCAUCAGCGAGAUGAACUACUCGCCGUCGUGCAAGGUCUCUCUACACUACAAGACACGUUUUUGGGAGAAGCUUUCACCACCCAUCAUCGGUGGCUGCGGCUCGGUCGAUAUUGCAGGCAUCGGCAGCGUCUGUUACCCUGCGUACCAGAUCAAUUCAACCGGCCCCGGCGUCAUUCUAGGAUCGUACGUUUCCGGUACCCUAGCUCGCUCAGUUGGUGCGCUCAGCACGACUGACCACGUGGCCAUGGUCCAGCGGGCGAUGGUAGAGGUCCAUGGUGAAGUGGCUGCGGAGCAGUGGACUGGUGCAUACGAGCGCCAGUGCUGGGAGUUCGACGAGCACCAGGCUGGUGCGUGGGCAUCCCCAUUCGUUGGCCAGCAGGAUCUGUUCCUGCCUGCCUACUAUAAGACCGAGCACCAGUCCAUCUUCAUCGGAGAGCACACAAGUUACACACACGCUUGGAUCUUCUCAGCGCUCGACUCAGCCGUGCGUGGCACUUCCCAAUUGCUGUUAGAUAUGGGUCUGGUCGAUGAGGCGAAGCAGAUCGUGGAUACGUGGAUGGGAAGGUGGAUAUCCAUCUGA